AAUAUAUUCACAGAAACGACAGUGCUGCAAAAAACAGAACAGGCAUGACGGGACACUUAUACAGGGGACAUUGUUAUGGAUGGUUUGGUUAUAGGAGACCGGCGUUUUGUUUUAUGGGUUUAUAUGUUAUUGGGAUGGUGCGGGUUGUUGGGAGGGUCGGGUGGUCGGGUGGUCGGGUGGUUGGGAGGAGGGAGGAGGGAGGGCCUUUUUUUUCCUUUUUUCUUUUCUUUUUUUCAGGGAAACAAGACGCGGGGGUCGUGCAUGCUGUGAGUGACGAGAGAGGAAGGACGUGCCCGGAGGUGCGCUGCAUCGGCAGCUGUCGAGACUAAUGGCUCAGAAUGGUACUCUCGUGGGUACCAUGGUGCCAGCCGACGCUUCUGAGCGUCGCGCUAUCCGACUUGCCAGCAGUCUUCGGAGCGAGGAACACCAAGUUUCGAAGUGUCGAUUCACACGCCUGA